AUGAGUGAGUUCGAAGGUGGGCUCUUCUCUCGGAUCUACCCAGCGAUCCUGUGGUCUGCUAUCCUCUCUCUCCACAUGAAACUGCUCCAUGGAGGUAAGGUGACCUCACCUCCUCUAGUGCCCAGCUGGCUGUGCAUCUCGGUGGGCAGAGUGACAGCCGAGCAGGGGGUGGGCGUGUGGAAGAUGGAGAGAGAGGACAGUCCACUAGAGGGCAGCACUGCGACCCUGAGUCACGCUGUGGGCCUGCUGGGUAAGCUGGAGGGACUGCUGCUGCAGGGGAACAGCAGUGAUGUGGUGCUGAGGUUGGAGACGGUAGAUGCCGAUGAAGUGAAAGUGCUUCAGGCUCACGCCUUGGUCCUGUCGCUACAGAGCCCUGUGUUCAAGGAACUGCUGCACAGUCGCAACAGCAGCACACUGGUGCUGCGGGAGACCUCCGACUGCACAGCCGUCUUUGAAAAGUUUAUCAGGUACCUGUACUGCGGGGAGAUCUUGAUACGUCUGGACCAGGCAACUCCUCUGCAUAAGUUGGCUACUAAGUACGGCAUACUGGGUCUUCGGCGGGGUCUGACCGAGUACAUGAGCCAAAACCUUGCCACUGAUUCCCCAGGGGGUCAUGUGGUUGGCUGGUACCAGUAUGCCUCAGCGGCAGGAGAUGCAGAACUGCGGGACAGUUGUCUGCAGUACCUUUCCUGGAAUCUGUCAUCAGUUCUGCAGAGCCGCGAGUGGCCAUUGGUCGGUCCGGAGCUGCUGAUGGCCUUGCUGCAGCGGUCAGACCUGGUCCUGCAGAGUGAGCUGGAGCUCUUCGAGGCUCUAGAGGAGUGGCUGAUGAAGAAUGAGCCAGAUGGGCUGACCACAGAGAACGCUUUACGGGCGGUGCGCUACGCCAUGAUCCCGCCGCGGGAGCUCUUCCGUCUGCAGCGCCAAUCUCAGAUUCUCACGCAGUACCAUGAGUCGGUGCGCGACCUACUCUACAUGUCUUACCAGUUCCACUCCACCUCGCCAGUUCAGCUGGCAAAGUUUUUUGACAUGAACUGCAGCCUUUUCGUGCCACGUAAUUACCUUUCGCCAACUUGGGGAGCGCCCUGGAUCAUCAAUAACCCAAGUCGUGACGACCGCAGCACCAGCUUCCAAACCCAGCUGGGUCCAAGUGGCUCUGAUGCAAACAAACGUGUGACGUGGAAUGCCUUGUUCUCGCCCCGCUGGUUACCGCUCAGCAUGCGGCCCAUGUACACGGAGCAGGGCACCAUGCAGCCACCGCGCCCUGAGGGCAUAGCUGGCACUGGACGCCCUCGGAUCAUUGUCACGCCUGCCACCUCCAGCACCGACUUUGCUGGGGUGAGCUUUCAGAAGACCGUCCUAGUAUCGACGCGGCAGCAAAGUAAACUGGUGGUAAAGCACAUCUACAACUUCCACCAGAGCACCGAAGAGACAGGUAACUUCCUUGCAGAGGCUGACCUGCACGACCGCACCUCUGAGUACCUGGUGGAUAGUGCUUUCUAUGUGCACAUCAUCAUCAAACCCCUGUACCACACUCUCAUCACUAGCAAGAACUGA